AUGGUACAGAAAAAAGAACGAUGUGGGCUAAGAACAGGACAUACCAUCAGAAAACAUUUCUUGUCACAAAUCACACAUGAUGGAUACAUUGACUACAAAUUCAUAAAUACUCCAAGCCAUUUUGAACCAGAAGAAUUUAAGAAGUUAUUCAACAGGAAAGAUGUUGUUCUUACUGAUGGUCGGGAUUCAUUUUCACCACUUACAGAAGGUACUGAUGGGGAAUUCAAUGAUAUACAUAUAAAUAUCAAGCACAGAGAGGGGGAGUAUGUGACGUACUCGUUAGAUAAGCAGAAAAGGUGGACCCUCCCAUCACUGGUCAAAAAUAAUAUAGAUUCCUUGGCUGAGGAAGACUUUAGAGUUGUGGUAUCAGAAAGAAAAACUUUCACAGCGAUAUGUACACCUAAAGGACCUUACUAUGGUUUGGAUACAAAGUAUAGGACAUGGAAUGAUUGUGUACAGUAUAUAGAUAGUAAAACUCCACUGCCCAUAGCCACUCCUAACAAAUCAGCAUCUUUCUUUUGUGACCUGAGAAGGAAAUGUCUAGGGGGAGGACGUGUUGAGCAAAAAACCCAAUCAAGGAAGAGAAAAAGACAUAAUAUGCAUUCCAGAGGAGUACAGAGGAAAUCUGAACUCCAACAGAAGACAGAAAAAGUUAACAAUGAGCAAGAAUAUAACAGAUAUCAACUGCUGGAUGGAGCUGACAGUAAGGAUAUGGCAGAAUUUCGGUAUGAAAUCUGUCUUCCACAGGGAAUGAAGUCCAGAUAUAAUUGUACUAAAGCUGAGCUUUACGAUAGAGCUGUUGACAAGUUACCUCAUUAUUCAAGACAAGUAGAGAAAAAAUCAUUAUCAAAGCUAAAAGGAAUGGUUAAUGGAUUUCGUUCUGUCUGGAAGAAACUGCAACUUAAGGAGAGACUUGAAGAAAAUGAUGAUUUUAUAGGAUAUAGCAGUACUAGUCAUAAGGGAUCCCUGAGUGAAUGCAGGACAUGUGAGGAAGAAAUCGACUACUCUGAUGAAGUUGUGUAUGCAUACGAUGCUUAUGAUGAAGAUGCUUGUUGUGUGCCAAAGAAAAACAAUAUAGAGGUAGAUAUUUUUGAUUGUUUGAAGAAAGAAAGACGAAAGCAGAAAACUGGAAACCAACAGAAGAGAAGAAAAAGGACAUUUUCAGAUGAGGACUUGGAUGAGAAGAGCCAUAUUGUGUACCUGAAUGAGGAUAAAAUAGAAGAAAAAGAUGAAAUUAGCUCAGCUGCUAAUCCCCUAGAAGAUUCCAGUGACGUUCUACAGGAAAUCUUACCUCACAAUGUCGAGUGCUUCUUCAGGAGGACAGAAAUGGAGGACUUUUUGAGAAAAACGCCAAGUUUCUACUCAACAAGUUCACAUCCCACUAUAUUUGUCAUUCCACUUCAGAUAUCUUUGAGGGAAGAUGAGAACAAAAGUGUCAGUUUUGAUGGAGAGGAUCCAGCACUUGUUUUGCAAGAAAAAAUUAGUUCUGCUGUUUCAGCCUCAGAAGAGGGGAUUGCUGAGUGCAGGUUACGAAUUGUUGGAAGUGAAGAACUAUAUUCCACUGAAAAGGUGAAUAGAGAUCUCAAUGAUUUCCUGACAUCACAGGAGGAGUUUCUUAUUCUUUCACUCGGAGAAAUCAUCCACUUUGCCAAGGACAUUGUCCAACAGAACACCUCUCACACGUCACUAAAAAAAUUAGGUCAACAUGAACCCUGUGCUCUGGAGCCCGUGUUUGACUGGUUGCCAAGGGUGACAUACAAUGUAGCAACAAUUAAACAAGCUUCAUUGCAGAACUGUGACCUACUAGGAGAGGUUCAAAAGACUUUGCCACCACAUCCUAACUCUCUCAGUGGAAUUGCUGACUCUGAGUGUGGUGUGUGUUUUGUGCCACUUUGUGACACAAAAAUGAAUUCAUGUGGAUCAAACCCCAUAGACGGUGUACUCAUUCUACCUUGUCAACACUACUUCUGCAGAACAUGUCUUCUCCAGUAUGUCUUGGAAAAAGUCAGAACUGGUGCUCGGAGCCUGUCAUGUUUGGAAUACCAGUGUGAGUCAACAUUGGACCCUAUCUUUAUUAUGUCCCUGGUGCCUUCACACAUAUUUGGUCAGUGGUCAAGUCGACAGCAGGAACAGGCUGUAAUGUCUACUGGACUCUGGAAGUGGUGUCCAAACAAAAUAUGCAAUCUCAUUGUAUCACUUAGUAAGAAAGAUCAAAGAGUAAAGGAAAGGGGAAUACUUGUAAAAGACCACAUGAAGAUGAAGGGUGUGACUUGUUUGUGCCAUACAGAGUUCUGCAUGGAAUGUGAGGAACUGCCUCAUUGGCCAGCUUCAUGUCAACAGAUUGGGGAAUAUGUCAAAGCUCUAAAUAUUCAAAAAGAUCUUCUAAAUGAGGAAGACUAUGUAAGGACUUUCAGAGUAAAUGUAAAGCCAUGCCCUAGCUGUAAGGAGAAAGUGGACAAAAAUGGCGGAUGUAAUGCAAUGACCUGUAGAUGUGGACAUCACUUCUGUUGGCUUUGUCUUAAAGGCAAUCCUUAUGGUGUACACACGUGUAAAGAAGUUCCUUUACAGGAAGUAGAACUAGUCAACAGUAAGGUUGUGAAGUUUCAGACACGGUACCUAACUAAGGCGUAUUCAUAUCGAGUCCAAUCAAGUAAAUUAAUCCGAUGGAGGAAUAUUUUACUUCAAAAGGUCAGAAAGGAUAUACCUAAACUUCCAUGGAACAAAAACACCCAUAUUGGACUUGACCAACUGCAGGGGAAGAUGUCUCUAAAAUCUUUACAGUUACAGUACCUGAAUGUUCUCAUUGAGUCAGUGAAAUUAUCGGAGAAAGUCCUUGUAUCAGUGGCAAACUUAUCCAGGAAGUCGGAAGUUGGAAAGCAGUUAAUGUCAUUGGCUAAUAUGGUAGACUUUAUCAUCUCAAGAAUGUCUGAGUUAUUACAUGAUCUCCAUGAUGCCAAGGUGUGUAGCAGAAUUGAAAGACUCAACACUAUUCUUUCAGAAAAUAUCAAGAAAAUGGUUCUUUUGUCUUUGUUUAUGCAACAAACACGUUUAAAGCAAAGAACGCUUAAUAUAAGCUUAAAUAUUAGAUAUUCUGUUGGAUAUGACUAAACUGCUAUAUGAUGAAAAUAUAAUGUUUGUUAUUUUGAUAUCAUGUUUGUGUUGAAU